AAGCGAGGCCCACGGGUCGUCCUAUCUCUCCCCUGUCUCUGGUUCGUGGCUGAGGCAGAUCGCAUCUUGCUUCGCGACGGUGGCGGCAUAGAGCCAUCCUUCGAUUUCGAUGAACUACGUGGACUAACGACCCUCCGCGUGCUUGCGAGGGUGACAAGCCCCCACCAGCCCAAGUGCUUGAUGCGCCCAAGCGAAACAGCAGGUCUGUACCCGAUGCCUCUCGCGAUCUAGAUUUGGAGGAGGGGUCGCCUCCCGUUCCGUCCCGGGCAGCGGAUGUGGAGGGGGGAGAGAGAGAGAGGAGCGAGGGAGAAGCAUAGAGGAUUCUGCCGGCAGUAUUGCUCAGAAUGGGGACAAAGGAGGAGGCUAUUUUGGUUCUUUGAUUGAUCCAAUCCUUCCUACGCCCAUAAUUUUCUCGGACACAAAUUUCACAUCUAGCUGCGGCCAUGGGAUGUUCGGCAGGGACUCCGACAGGGUCUCUUUUGGCCGUUCCACGGGCCGAUGUGCUCACAAAUACACAUCUACUCUAUCGACUGAAGUCCUAGCCCAAUUAUUCCUUUCAUUGCUUGACAUUGCAGUCUUGCCGUUGUGCCAAAGUCAUCAGAAUCUCGCCGUUCUGCCAACCUCGCCGGAAUUUCUCCAUACUGCUGACUUCGCCAAAAUUACGUCCGCCCGUGCUCUAGCUGUUAAAGAGGAGAAUAAAGGAUGGAAGAUGGCAUCAGAGGAGGAUGCUGAAGCUGGUAGAUCAAUUGAGCAAGAGUUCCUCACUCAUGCUACACCUUCAGGAUUUGCGUCGCACCAGUUCGAGGGCUUCGAAGCCAUGCUGCUGCUGUUGUCCUCUUUGCCGUUGCGCACAUAUAUGAUUCUGGCUCACGGAGUAGGACUCUCUGACUCUGGCUCCUCUGUCGAUAUAGGGAGGUCACACCUAGCCUGUUCUGCAAGGUCAAAAGGAAGAAUAUCUCUGGUUGCACAGCCCUACAGGGGAACAAAUGGAUUUUUGUGCUCCGUCGGGUCAACACCACUGAGUUGGUUCACGAAUUCACCAAAUUGUGGUUGUUGAUCAGAGAGGUGCAAAUACCAAACACAGGCCAAGGUGUCGUCUCUUCACGUUGGACAGCGGAUGGAAUCUAUAUAGCGCGCUCAACCUACAGGGCAAUGUUCUGGGGCUCAUACUUGGGCACUUGCUCUCAAACUUUCUGGAAGGCUGAAAACAAAGUAAAAAAAUUAUGUUGGCCCUUGUCGCUUGGGAGGAUUCUGCCCGCGGACAAGCUGAUCCGGAGAGGAUGGCAAGGAAGCGAGAUUUGUUUGAUGUACGGUUCGCAGAAGGAGUCGGCGGAGCAUCUUCUUCUGAACAGCUGUUUCGCUCGCCAAGUUUGGAGGAGGAUCGCGGCUUGGUCUGGUUUCAAGACAUUAUCACCUGAAGAUGGCCUCCGGGAGGACAUGGUUUACUCCUGGUAGCUGGAGCUAAUGGUGUGUAUGCUUCCAAAUGUUGAUAUAAGGAAGAUGUUAUUCUGAUCAA